GCUGGCUGUGGUGCGCGUUUAACAUAAUUUUUUUUCUAUUGUUUGCAGAACGAAAAUCGUAUAUUUGUGUGUGAAAAGUGGCAAAACAAAUAAAAAGCGUAGUGUUAUGAUUAAUUUGCAUUCAUUCUCCGUCUUACUGAUGUAAACUGGGACGUUCAUAUGUACCCAAUUGCUUGGACUCAAAUAGCACGGCAGAGUGUUUGUGUUGCCGAUCUCUCCUCUUUGCGUCACACAGUUUUUCUUCGUUUCUUACAAGCUUCAAGCACAAAAAGAAAUUCGCUGCCGAGACAGUACUUAAUAAAAAAAGAACCACAAGGAAUAGAAAUAACAACCGCAGUAGCAAAUGCUGUUUUUGUACGCCGUGACUUACACAAAAGCAUCAGUGCAUUCAGCAGAAUAUAUCAGUGAUCAAUGAUCAGAAAUUGUAGUGAUCAGUAAUCAGUUGUUCCUGCAGCGAUAAAACAAUAAACGAACGGCGCAGCAAAACGAAGGCAGUGUGAGCACUGAAAUCCGAUGCCCACGAUAUGAAUAAGGCCAGCAAACAUAUACAAAGUGGAGCAAUGGGCCUCACUGGUGGCAAUUCAUCGGCGGCGGCAAUAUUAUUGGGCUCACCCACCGCAGCAGUGGGGGGCAACCAGCCUGUGACGGCAAACGCAACAAGCCCCAAGAAUGUUAUUAAUUCCAUAAUGGACUUUUUGCCAGACAAUCGACCUAUAACAUCGCUACAAAUUGUAGAAGACUUUGAGCGCUGCCCUAAAAACUUUAAUGCCAUACAUCGGACAUAUGAUCAAGAUGCUGAUGCAGAUCUCUGGCGGGACUACACCCUACUCUUCGGUCGUCAAACCACACGCUAUUUAUGUUUGUCCAAAUCCGAGGGCUUGCCUGAGUAUGUUGUGGAGACGCUUAAAGUGGUAGCUGAGAAAAUACAACCGCCCAAGGAGUUCUCGCUGCUCUCGCGAACUGCGGACACUGAACAGAAAGCCUGGCGCAAACGUCAGAUCGCCUAUAAACUGUCGAAGCGCGGCACCGUCACCCAUGCCGUCACUGACAUAAUUGUCUGCUCCAAGCUGAAAACUGCACCGAACGGCUUCAAGCUUGCCGGUGAUAUCAAUGGAGUGUUAAUCUGCUAUAAGACGGGUGCCAUACCAGUGCGUCAGCCACCACCCGUCCCAUUGUGGGCCCCUCUGCCCUCACAAAAGACCGUUUGCGAAGCGGAACAAGCAUUGAAUCGUUUGAAUUUGCACGGCCAAAGGGCGUCACGCGGACCGCUGCCACAACCACCAACAUCGGAGCAUCACGACUAUGAGGAGAUUCAGGCGAACUAUCAAAUCAAUUCACCACAGCGACCCGCUCCCCCACGUCCGUCAACCAUAGGACGUGGAGGCUACGGAGUCGGCACACUCGGCACCUACACCGAACUGGAGGGCGUGCCAUUUGCCAUAAACGGCAUGCUGCAGCGCAACCAGCAAGUGACUGAAUUGCCCACACUGCCAGAAUUGUCAACAUUACUGAAAACUUUGGACUAUGACUUUCAACUGGAACGUCAGAUCUUGUGCACCAUGAAAUCAUCUGCCUCGAAGAAUCCGUUUUUCAAGUAGCGCUACAGUAUCAUUAAUUAUCAAGUGCCCCCGAAACAUGCAAAUCUGUUUUGAAAUUUCGAAAAUUUCAACAUUGAGCAAUGAAAAAUACUAAUGUGUUAAUUAGCAUAAACUAAACUAUUAAUAUAUAAACAUAUAUAUACAUAGCCAUAUGUAUUAUUACUUUAAGAUAAGUUGAAAACGCUGUCGGUUCUAUUCGCCUUAAUAUUACUGGUUGAACAGCAACCGGCAGCAUAUAUCUUCGAUAUAUAUAUAUAUAUCCAUAUACAUACAUACAUCAUCUAGGAUUUGUUUGGAUUCAAUAUGCUCUGUUCUUAAGACCUCAGCCCAAAUGUGUGUAAUAAUUCCUGUGCCUUCAAUGUGUAUCUAAUUUCACGUACCAUAUGUGUUUAUUUCAUUUUAUUUCUCUGUAAUGUGUAAUCGUUAUUUAUGUGCAAGUCUAGUGCCCGUCGUAGCAGCGUAAUCUCAUUGCAUUGGGCUCUCAUGUAAGUGGCGAUAGUGCACAGUAUUGAUUAUCAUAAAGCAUUGUGAUCGAGAAGAAAUGUUUGUCAUUAAUUUUUAAAAACAAAUCGUCGAACUCAAUUAUUUUUGUUGUGCAUAUUCAACACAAAUAUAUAUACAAACCUGCGUACAUACCUACAUUUAAAAGAUGCUUGCCUAUGUCUACAAAAAACAAAUUUAGCGUUAAUCAUAAACAAAUUCAAUAUUUAUAAGCCAUAUAGCAUAAUGUUAAAGUUGAACAAGUCUAGAAAGCGACAUUGUGUAAAAGUAUCGCGAGCAAAUAUACAUACAUACAUAUAUAAACACAGA